AUGGGAAGUGAGAAUGAUCAUAAUAUGACAUCACCAUCUUCAACUCCAUUAAAAUUAUCACUCCAUACAAAAAUCGGUACCUCCAUCUCUUUUCUAUACGAACAUCUGCGCUCUGUGAAACUGAUUCUCCUCCCCCUUUUGAAUUCCCUAGAUUCGGAUGAAUGGAAAUACUUUGUGCAUUACCUUGAUUGGAAUAAAAAUUGGGAUGAAUGGGUUGGAGUUGACAGAUUAAUGAAGUAUACAGAAGAAAACAUUUUAAAGCAACAAGCACUUGACAAAAAACACGGUGUACACAAAAACUCAAAAGGAAGAUCAACGCAAACUAAACCCAAAAUAUCAAAUGAUGUAAAGGUGGAAAAAGAAGAUUUGAAGAGUAGUGGGGCAAAAGGGAAAAAGAGAAAGAGUGAUUUAAGUAUAGAGGCAUUUAACAUAACUCUGCAUUAGCAACACUUGAUGGAAUUGAUGUGAUCGGAAGCAGACUAGCAGAUGAGGUGAUAUCUGUCAUAGAAUGCAAUCCUAAUGUUGAAAACAUUUCAAUUAUAGGCCACUCACUUGGUUGCCUAAUAUCAAGAUAUGAUAUUGACAACCUGUACACACAAAAUCAAUCAUACCAUUUGACUGGAAACUAUAGAUCUGUGACAUGUAAUGGAAAUAUUACUGGAAUUGAGGCUAUUAAUUUUAUUACAGUUGCCACUCCAUACCUUGGUUCAAGAGGACGUAGACAGGUAAUAAUAAUUUUAAUAAGCAAGUGGGACAAAAUCAGAAUCCUGUGAAUGAUGAUUAUGGCUGGUUGGAUGGGUAUCAGUUGCAAUCAUCAAUGGCUGGUACUGUUGAGUUCUACAUUUGUGGUUAUUUGGGUUGGGGAGGGAUGUGGUCCUUGUGAUGUCAGCAUAUCCUUAUCCAUAUCUGCCUAAAAUCUGUAUAAAUGUCUCAUUUGUGGAUUUGGCUUACAUCUGGAGAUGAAAAUGAAAAUAAAAAGGGUGGAACAUCUCAAUGGAAGCAUAUUAUAAUAAUUCAUACAUAUAAAUGUUUGUUAUAUUCAACUUCUGCCAUUCGC